UAAUCAAGUAUUUAAAGGUAUAUCUGAGAUAUAAGCCUACCUGAAUAUACAGGUGUUAAAAGUUGUACGACUACCUGUAUAAAAUCUACCUGGAAUAUUUCAAAAAGUGAACGUAAUACCACACGUAGGUUUGUGUAUAGGGUUAGGGAUCUAAAUCCGAUGUUUUGUGAUCUGACCAGCAGGAUAUAUAAGGAUUCCGUGCUUUAUGAAUGUCACUAGUCCGUUACGUCUCUAUUCGACAACUCCAGGACAGUGUGACGUAUUUUACCUAUGUAGGAGGUGUAGAUAUAUAUAUAUACGUAUAUAAUAUGUAACAAGCCGUGUACCGUUAUUUAUUCGUGUUCAUUUAAAUUAUACUCAAAUAUGUUAAAGUGUUAGUCGUUGCUGUUAGAUUUGAAAAUCGAUUCGGUCUGGGAAUAUACAUUAUAACGUGGAUUGGAUUUACAAUUCUGCACUAUUGUCCUUGGAUUAUAUUCUCGUAUGUGGAUUUUACGAUAAAGUGGUACAGUGAAUAGUAUAAUACAAUACAGUCUUUUAUAAGUACUGUAUACACAGUAAACUGAUAUUAUUUAUUACAAUGUUGUGAACUAUCAGAGUAGAACAUUUAAAAGAUUAGUCAAAAUGGGAUCGGGAGGAAGCAAAAAGGAGGAAAGCAAACAGACAACACCGACGAAAACGUCCACGACGACGACGACGAAAACGCCAAUGAUAAAAAAUGACACUGACAACAGGAGUUCGUCGUUACAUAAACAAAAUUCAACAAACGAAAUUCAAUAUCCUAACAAUAACAGGACACAAUUUGAUAAUAACCAAACAAUACAGAAUAACAAUGUUCAGAAAUCCUCGCAUGCACCUCCAUCGCAGUGGAACAAAAAGGAGGACAUUGAUGACGUUUUAAACCUUGAUUCCGAAUGGAGUUCUAAAAACAAACGGCAAGAAGUGUAUCCUACUCCGCGGUCUGAUCGGGGAGGAAGUCGGCGGGACGAGGAACGAAAUGUUUAUAACAGACAAGUGAACAAUAACACGGUGAUUGAGGAAUAUCCUGAAACUUACGCCCAGCGAAACGCUCGACAGCAGUACAAACGUAGUGAUCUCCUCCGACAGAAAACCAUAUACAGAGACCCUAAGGAAUGGGAGCCAGAGACGGAAACAAAGCCAGCAGAGGAGAAUCAGACCGAGGAAAUAGCUGAGGAUGACUCCGGAGAAUUCGACUAUACUAAGUUUAAAGCAGCUAACAAAACGGCUCCACCACCGAGAAGAGAUAUUUUUGACAUGACACCGGAUCCGUAUACGUCACGGCAGACCUAUGACGACGUGCAUGACCCCGACUCUUAUUAUGAGCCAGGUCGUCAAUCAGUUCCAAGAAAAGCGCCUACGUAUGACAAAUUGGAGGAGGAUCUUAUGGCAGAUAUUGAGAAAAUCUUCUGAGGAAACACUAUUCUCUCACUUACAUAUGCCAUUGUAGUUUACAAGCAUUGUCGUUUUCACAACAAUCCGUUUAUCGGCAAGCAGUGAUCCAGUGAUUGGUUCAUUAUUGAUGAUGUCCCCAACUACUGACAGAACAAGGCGAAUGUACGGGAAAGCCUCGGAGGAACUAGGCCUACAUUUACCGUGAACUUCUUAAUGUGAAAUCGUGGAAGAUGUGGGGUCUCAAUGACACAACUGGGAUUAGUAAAAACCCUAUAGAUCAUGGUCUAAUAUCUCUAUUCCUAUGGGUGUUGAAAUCGAUGACAUUUUUCAAAUUUUAUACGAAUACAUAACCUGGUAUUUUUAGCAGGUGAGGUCACUGCUUUGCCAGCAAGACAUUGUUCUGAUGUCAUCAAUGUAUUAUCAAUGAGACAAUAUUGUAAUGUCAUGACAUUCCAUCAAAUUGCCAUAAAUUUAUAUUGUAUUUUGACCGAACUGUUAGAAACAUUAACUACUGUAUAUGCCCAUCGAUGCCAAAUAAUUUAUAUCAUUUACACUUCUUUGUAACCUGUUAUAUGAUGUGAUGAUUCUGGUUGUAUCGGAAAAGACCGCCAAAGCAUUUACUGUAAAACAAUUUCUUUCCGCAAGUACUAAAUUUCGCGAAUGUAGUUUGCAGAUUUGAUUUGCAACUAUUUGAAAUCAAUGAAAGAAUGCUAUAUAUGUAUUGAUAGAAAAUGUGUUUGGAAAUAAUAUUCGUGUAAGAUUUAAAUCCCAAAAAUUGGUUUAUUCGCGAAAUAAAGGGAAAAUUAACCUCCUUUAUAAAUGAAAUUAUUAACAGUGUCACUCAACUGACAUACAUAAUUAAGUACAUAAUAACUUGAUAUAAAAUGUGAAAUAUGUAUUUAUUUUUCCGAGGUGUCUUUCAGCAACGAACGAAUAUUAUCUUACCGCAUGAUGAACACCAUGAUUUGCGAUCUAAAUAUAUCACCUGUAGUGUAAGUACUCUUUCUGCGAUCAUUAAAAGAUAAUCCAACGAG